GGUUACACAAGAGCAUGUCAUAUUGAACUGUCCCUACUAGGGGGCUAUGCCUGGUACUUGAAUUUGGGGACACGGUGCCAUAUCCCUUCACCUGCUGCCUUUUAGGCACCCCAUGACUGUACGACGCAGCAGAAAGAAUAAAAACAAGUUAUGAAUGGUUAAUAUUUUGCUGGCUCACACUGUGCCCGGGUGUUUGGCAUGACGUCAUGUGACUGGCUUGCAGUAGCAGUUGCGUUUUCCCCGUCUAGUUACAAUUUCCCGGCGUACGCGAUGAACUGCGGGGAGUUCCGCCCUGUGCGCAUGCGUCGCAGCUCCAUCAAUUAGUUUCGUUUCUCUAUGUGGAGCUUCCUCCCGGAUUCCUUGUAGAGUGUGUAUAUAUGCUGGACGGCUUCUCUCACCGCAGUCUUCGAGGAACCUGGAGGAGACCGGACAGGAGCUGCUAUCUAUCUCCACUAUACUGUGUCACAGGUGUCUAUAAAGGUGUAAGGAAAAAUGGGUGCCGAGGUGAAGGAAAGUCUGAGACUCUACAGUGAACACAUUGUGAAAAUCCUGCGACCCUCAUAUGUGCUGCAAAACAUGAGACCCUGGAUGUCAGAAAGUGCCAUAGAGCAGAUAAAGGCAGAGGAGGCGAAGGGACCUAUUGCUGCUGCCAAUAUGUUUUUGGAGAAAUUACUUGAGUUGGAUGCUGAAGGAUGGUACCAAGGGUUUAUAGAUGUGCUGCGUACAGAAGGAUAUAGAGGUCUUUCAGAAGCCCUUCAGAAAUUAGACUUUGCUGAUAUUCAAAGCUUAGAGGAGCCCAGGAAACGUCUAUCCAUCAUCAACAGUAUUGUUAAAAGUAACAUCCGGACUGAUGAGAUUAUCGGUCAGCUUGCUGACUGCCUCCUCCAGCGAGAGAUAGAAGAGAUUAAAGAGGAAACUAGACUGAAAGGGACUACAGCUGGUGCCGAAAAGCUUAUCGAUUGCCUUUUACGAUCUGAUAAAAAAGAGUGGCCGAAAGUCUUCACUUUGGCUUUGCAAACAGAAAAUCACUUUGAGGUCCUUAAUGUUUGGUCUACUUUCACAGAUUGUCCAGAGAAAACAGUUGAACCAGUGGAAGAGUCGGAAGAAGAAAGCGUCUUUACAGUCCAGUUUGUUGAAAAGCCCAUACUUGAAGACAAUUUGCUCUCAGCUUCCCCGCCACUGGCCAAUGGCAAUGAAGCUGCAGCUCCUCAAGUGAGCUCCUUAAGUUCCACCUCCAGAUCUAUAAAAGAUAUAAAGCUGAGAAAUUACCAGAAAGAACUGGCCCAGCCUGCAUGCAAUGGCAAGAAUACAAUUAUAUGUGCUCCAACAGGAUCUGGAAAAACAUAUGUGGCAUUAAAUAUUUGUGAUCAUCAUCUACAAUCUUUGCCGCAAGGACAGAAAGGGAAGAUUGUGUUUAUGGCUACAAAAGUUCCUGUGUAUGAACAACAGAAAGCUGUUUUCAGCCAAUACUUUGAAAACACUGGAUAUACUGUUGUGGGCUUCUCUGGAGAAGAAACUGAAAAUGUUCCCUUGGGAAUGAUUAUAGACACUAAUGACAUCAUCAUUCUGACUCCACAGAUUCUGGUCAACUGUCUCAUUGAUGGAUCUGUGCCAUCGCUUUCAAUUUUUACCUUGAUGAUUUUUGAUGAAUGUCACAAUACUAUAGGUCACCACCCCUACAAUGUGUUAAUGUUUCAUUAUUUGGACUUGAAACUAGGUUGCCCAGAUCCAAAACUUCCGCAGAUAGUGGGAUUAACUGCCUCAGUUGGCACUGGAAAGUCACGCAGCACAGGGGAAGCUGUGAGCUAUAUUAGUAAGCUUUGUGCUAGUUUGGACAUCGAAGAAAUAUCUACUGUCAAACAACAUGUGGAGGAGCUGCAGAGAGUUGUGUACAAACCGGAGAAACUCGUCUAUGAGACAAGGCAACGAGAAAACGAUCCAUUUGCUGAGGCUAUAAAUAAAAUCAUGGCAGAAAUAGAACAGAUGGCAAAAAAAGUUUUUCCCCAUCUUGACAUGAUGACUAAUAUCCAUAACCGACCAUAUGGAACUAAGCAAUAUGAGCAAUGGAUUGUUGCCACCCAGAAGAAUUGCCAUACCUUGCAGCUGGAAGAUAAAAUAGAGGAGAGUCAAAUUUGCAGUGCAUUGUUUGUAUACACUGAACAUUUAAGGAAAUUUAAUGAUGCUCUUAUAAUUAACAAUGACGCACGCACAAAAGAUGCCUUGGACUACCUAGAAAACUUCUUCAACAAUAUCAAAAAUGGGACUUUUACCGAAAUUGAGCAGGUUCUGGCAAAAAAGUUUGAAGAUGCAUUGCCAUUUUUGAUAGAUGUUUCAAAGGACAAUGAAAACCCAAAGCUGGAUGAACUGCAGUUUAUCUUAAGGGAAUCUUACCAAAAUAAUCCAGAGACGCGCACCCUCCUCUUUGUGAACACCAGGGCUUUAGUAUUGGCUUUAAAAAAAUGGAUUGAUGAAACUCCAGAACUCCGUUUCCUGAGGCCAGAAAUCCUGAUUGGAAGGAAUAGAAGACAUGAUAAAUUAGGGAUGUCCCUUCCAAGUCAGCAAGGAGCUCUGGAAACAUUUAGAAGCUCAGGAGAGAGCAAAUUGCUGAUCGCUACAUCGGUGGCCGAUGAAGGCAUAGAUAUACCUGCGUGUAAUCUUGUUCUUCUCUAUGAGUAUGUUGGCAACGUCACCAAGAUGAUCCAAGUCAGAGGUCGAGGCAGAGCAAAGGACAGCAAGUGCUAUCUUAUCACAAGUAAGAGAGAGCAAGCUGAGAGAGAACGGAUCAAUGUGUUAUGUGAGGUUAUGAUGAAUGAAGCUGUGACCCUGCUGCAGAAACAGGACAAGAGGGAAUUUAUUGAACAGAGCCUUCGAUUCCAAAAAGAAGAAAAGAAACAGCGGGAUUUGAAAAAGAGCCUCAAGCCGAGAGUACUUAGUCCAGAAAAUAAACGACUGCUUUGUUUAAAAUGCAAGAUGUUUGCAUGUAAUACAGAUGACAUUAGGAUUAUACAGAUUUCACAUCACACUGUGAUCAAUAAAGACUUUAAAGACCGGUAUUUUACAAAGCCUCAUUCAAAUCCAAGAGGAUUUUGUGGCUACAAGAAACUGCACAAAAUAUACUGCAAGAAUCCAAAAUGUGGAGAAGACUGGGGCGUCUCCGGUAGCUACCUUAAUUUCCAAGACAUUCCACUCAUCAAAAUUGACAAGUUUGUGGUAGAAAAUGCUGACCAAUCUCAGCAAUACUUCAAUAAGUGGGUGAAAGUGAACUUUACAAUGAAGGAAUUUAAUUCUGAAGAAAUACUGGAAUCUUUCUCUGCUAAUCCAGAAUGAAAAUAAAAAUAUGGACACUAUGCCCUUGGUGGCUGCAAACAGCCUGCAUCUUAAAGGACAUCUGUACUGCAUGCAUUUUACAUAUUCCUGUGCUCGGGCUGCAAAAAUAAACAAA